AUGACGACUUUACUCAGCCAUAAAUGCUGGUCUAGCGCACCAUCUCCCUUCUGCCACCGAUCAACCAUCUCCCUUCUGACACCCAGCAACCAUCUCCCUUCUCCCACCGAUCAACCAUCUCCCUUCUGCCACCCAUCAACCAUCUCCCUUCUGCCACCCAUCAACCAUCUCCCUUCUGCCACCCAGCAACCAUCUCCCUUCUGCCACCGAUCAACCAUCUCCCUUCUGACACCCAGCAACCAUCUCCCUUCUCCCACCGAUCAACCAUCUCCCUUCUCCCACCGAUCAACCAUCUCCCUUCUGCCACCCAUCAACCAUCUCCCUUCUGACACCCAGCAACCAUCAUCUCCUUCUGACACCCAGCAACCAUCUCCUUCUGACACCCAGCAACCAUCUCCCUUCUCCCACCGAUCAACCAUCUCCCUUCUGCCACCCAUCAACCAUCUCCCUUCUCCCACCGAUCAACCAUCUCCCUUCUCCCACCCAUCAACCAUCUCCCUUCUGACACCCAUCAACCAUCUCCCUUCUCCCACCGAUCAACCAUCUCCCUUCUGA